UCUAUAAAGAGAUGCAUCACAUCUCACUCUGUUAUUUCUUACAAGUUUCGUCCACUCUCUCUAGUAAUUUCUGUUCAUUUUCAACCGAAACCACACAUCCUUUUAAAAAGUCACACUGAAACUAUUUAUAAAAGAAAAUUCAACGACCGGGAGACAUAUUACUCAUUUUUUUUCAUAUCAGAUUCAAGUUCAUUCACAGUAGCAAAAGAUAACGCUACAAAUACAAUCUUCUUCAAUUUUCCAUUCUUUGUUUCAGUCUCUCAAGGUGUGUUAAACAAAGUGAACUGGUUAGUUAGUGUUGAAUGAUGAAAAGCCCUAGUUCUAGUUCUAAUAACUCUAACUAUAAGCUAGAAGAUGAAAAGAGCCUUAAAGAGGAGCUUUGGUUACCGAUUCUAAUGGGUGAGCAAGUGAUGAAAAUGGCACAUGAAGCAAAAUCAUCGAAAGUGGAAUGUCACGAACUAGCAACGAAGGUGGAGAUACUCUGCGAAAGUCUCCGAUGCGUCAUGCGAGUGGUGGAAGCGAAUCACAAAUCGUUGAAUGAUAAACCAAUCCGUCGCAUGGUGAGAGAAGUUAUAAAGAAUCUUGAAAGAACUUUCGCACUCGUGAGGUGGUGCAAAAAGCAAGGAGGUAUUGGUGCGCUGAAGCACGUGUUAACGAUGAGGAAUAAUGGUGAUUUUCGGAAAGUUUGGAACCUUCUAGAAUCUUGUAAUGGUGAUAUGAUGUGGUUGUUGAAUAUUUUUAAGUCUAAAGGGACUGAUCUUUCACUCCCUCCUAUUGCCUGUAUUGAUCCAAUUUUGGCUUGGGUGUGGACUUACAUUUAUACCCUUCAGCUCGGUAAUCCUAGCGACCGUGCUGACGCCGCGACGAAAUUGGGUUCUAUUGCUAAAAGUAACGACCGGAAUAAGUUCAUUAUCGUGGAGGAAGGUGGUGUUUUGCCUAUCCUUAAGGUUCUUAAGGAUUCUUCUUUCCCUGAUUGUCAAAUUGCAGCAUCCAAUGCUCUUGUUAACAUUGUCUCUGAUGAUGAUCAACAGAGGGUCGUUCGAUUCCUCGUCAGCAACCACGCUGUUCCUGUUAUUGUUCAGGCUUUAUCGGGUGGAUUAUUCAGAGUUCGUGUUUCCGUUGCUAAUUUGGUCUCUGCUAUGGCUGAUCAAGAUCUUUUUGCAUCUGAGGAGUUUAUACUGGCUAAGGUGACUAAACCCCUGGUAUCGUUAUUGUCUGUUGAUACUGUUAAGAUUGAAGGUGUUGAAUCUCGAAAUAGCAUUCAUUCGCUGGUUCUCAAUAUGUCUGAGGUUGGAUAUGAUGGAAGAGGAAGAGAGGCUGAUCAGAGCCCUGAGUUGAGGAAUGAUGUUAAAGUCAGUUGUGCUAAAGCUCUUUGGAAACUCUCCAAAGGGUGUCUUUUAGCUUGCAGGAAGAUGACUGAGACUAAAGGUUUGCUUUGUUUAGCGAAAAUUAUUGAGUCUACUAAAGGCGAAUUGAGGCUCAAUUGUCUCAUGGCUGUUAUGGAAAUCGCAGCCGUGGCAGAGUCCAAUGCUGCUCUUAGAAGAAAUGCUUUUAGGUCCACUGCACCCGCAGCAAAGGCAGUUUUGGAUGAGCUUUUGAAGGUUGUCCGGGAAGAGAGUGAUUCUAAAUUUCUGAUUCCAGCUAUUAAGUCAAUUGGGUCCUUGGCCAGAAACUUUCCUGGAAAAGUUCCUCACGUUCUCGGUCCGUUAGUUGCACACCUUCGAAAUAGGGAUUUAAAUGUGGCAAGAGAAGUAGUUGUUGCCUUAGAAAAGUUUGUGUGUGAAGACAACUACAACCGCGUAGAUCAUUCUAAGAUAAUCUUUGAGCUUGACGGAAUUCCCAAGCUAAUGAGGCUGCUGCAGGUAAAUGAUGGUCAACAAGUGUAUAGCCUAAAAUUGCUUUGCUAUCUUGCCUUAAAUGUCGGCAAUAGUAAGGUUCUUGAGCAAGAGCAUGUAUUGAUUAGUUUAGAGAAAUUUGCUCAUUCUGUUUUACCUCAAAAUCCUGACUUGAAAGAACUGUUUAGAAAGGCUAUUGAUCACCUCACUCUUUUUCAGCCAGGAGUUCAUUAUUACAGGCAACCCUUGGGAUUGUGACUAUAAGUUAUGGUCCUUGUAAUUAGAGAUGCUGUAACACAAUUGUUUGGUUUCUGCAAAGCUCUGUCCUGUAAUAUAGUUAGUGUUUACAAUAAUAUAUACAUGUGUGAUGAUGCUAUGUCCACUAGUCAUUA